AUGUCUUUCCUAUCCUCUGUCUGUCUCCCUCUACAGCCGGUCAAGGUGGUGUCGGCUGGGGGUUCCGACAACGCAGCGCUGGUCAUCCUCACUGUGGUGCUUGUGGCCUGCGUGGUGGGCAUCCUGAUCGCCAUAGUAACGGUGUACUGCCUCAAGAAGCGGUCCAAUGAGAAGGCUAAGGUGACAGAGUUGAAGCAGUCUGAAGGAGAGAACGGGAACGAGGCUUCUGCUGACUACCAACCCUUCUUCCCAACCCACCUCCAGGACCUAUGCCGUCAGCGCAUGGCGACCAAGUCGGACAAGCCUGAACCGCUGACUCGCGUGAGCAGCGUGGCAGCAAGUGAGGGCGCUCAACCCAGCCCGUCUAGCCGCAGCAGCACGUCGUCAUGGAGCGAGGAACCGGUCCAGUCCAAUAUGGACAUCUCUACGGGUCACGUGGUCCUGAGUUACAUGGAGGACCACCUGAACAACAAAGAUCGUAUGAGUAAGGAGUGGGAGGCCCUCUGUAGUUACGAGGCUGACCCAUGCACCCAGGAUGCUGGCAAGGCACCCGAGAACGCAAACAAGAACAGGGUCAAGAAUGCCAUCCCUUAUGAUCAUACAAGGGUGAAGCUGACUGAGGAAACGAGCGCCAACAAGUCGGAUUACAUCAAUUCCAGUGCUAUUAUGGACAUUGAUCCUCGAGCUCCGGCUUACAUCGCAACUCAGGCUCCGCUAGCCAACACUCUGGCUGACUUUUGGCAGAUGAUCUGGGAGCAAGGCUCAGUCGUCAUCGUCAAUCUCACCCACAUGUCCGAGACGGACAUCAACCGAUGCCGCUACUGGCCCGACGAAGGUAGCGCCCUCUAUCACUUCUACGAGGUGCAUCUGGUGUCCGAGCAUGUCUGGUGCGAAGACUACCUGGUCCGUAGCUUCUAUCUGAAGAACUUGGAGACCCAGGAGACGCGUACCGUGACCCAGUUCCACUUCCUGACCUGGCCCGAGACUGGAUGCCCUCCAUCACCCAAGUCAUUACUGGAAUUCAGAAGAAAAGUGAACAAGUCAUUCCGUGGUCGAGCAUGCCCUAUCGUUGUCCACUGCAGUGACGGUGUUGGGCGCACUGGCACGUACUGUCUGCUGGACUUGGUGCUGACCCGGAUGCUCAAAGGGGUCAAGGAGCUGGACAUUGCAGCCACUCUAGAGCACAUCAGAGAUCAACGUCCAGGCAUGGUCCAAACCCAGGCCCAGUUUGAGUUUGCUCUCACUGCCGUAGUGGAAGAGGUCAACGCAAUCCUGAAGGCUUUACCUCAAUGACCUCCGACCUCUGCACCCGAGGUCAACCGUCCCUCCACCGGAAACACAGGCUAAGUCUUCAUCAGGUUCUUGAACCUCCAACUCACUGACCAGUGUGCAAGGUGCAUAAACCACUGAACCUUGCCUGGGUCGAAGCAACUAGCGCACAUUGUCACAAAUAACAGACUAUUGUAUUCAUCUAAUGUGUUAAUUCAUGUCUUUAAAAAACAAAGUUACAAAUAAGAUAAUAGUUGUUAUUUUGAUAGAGAGGAUUGAAUAAUAAUUGCGGGAGAAAUUGGAACUCUAAUAAGCAGUUUCUACAUGUUCUGGGCAUCUGGGUUUACUUGGUAAAGUGGGCCUAAUCUAACCCGCGCAUUACCUUUCUUUGUGCAAUUUGUGUUGUUUGUGAAUAGUUGUGAGAAGAUAAAUAUUGUAUAAAAAAUAUAAAAAUGAAUACAGAGAUACUUAUUUAAAAUUUGAAGAUGGACAAAAAAAACUAUCAUUGUAAUUGUGUUUCAAGAGUAAUGCAGUAUGCAUUGUGUUAAAGCUGAGAGUAUAGUUUUAACAGCUUGAUUUUAUUGUGUUGACGAUAGGCCUAAAAAUAAUGUCUUGUUUAGAAUUUGGCUUAAACUUUUUUUGUAAAAUGCCCACAAAUGUCAAACUCCUUUUAUUAAGAAGUCAUAUUUUAAUAAAAUAGUUACACAUUCUAAGCGCUCAAUCCACGUCUUGACGUUACUCGUAUUCACAUGCUCUGGAUCUUGGCACCAGUGUGCUUCGAAAGUAGAUUUUGACGAUCCUUAUGCAAGGAUGCAAAUAGCUCCAGAUAUUGCUGAACUAAACCAAACCACAGCAAAAAGUACCGGUAUUGCACUGCAUUUAUGUCCACACCCUUAUAGAGAAUACAAAUUUUAUUUUGUGAUAUCUAUGUUAUUUCCUUCUUGGCAUCCAAGCUGUGUUUUUGUCCAUGGAGUGUGCUAUGUAUUGUACAUCAAAGGUUUUUUGGUUUAAUAUUUUUCAAAAGACUGGGGUGGGGGGACCGUAUUUGAAGUUUGGGCGAUGUUUAAAGGGGGUGGAAACCAUCAGUUAUCAUUGAUUACUAAUCAUCAAGCAUGGAUCCACUAAGUUGUCUAUCCACAGUGCUAAUAAUAUGUUAUGCAAUGUGGCAGUUGGAAGGUUUUUUUGUUUAGACUAAAGAUUUUUUUGUCGAAAAUUGAAAUGUCGGAUUAUGCAAUUUCAUCCAAAUUCAUAUAUAUCAUCCAGUACAUUCGUCAUUUUAUAAACAAUCAUUAUUAUUACUAUUCAAUCAUUCCUCUGUGAUUUCAAUCAAAGUAUUCAACUCUAAAAUAUUUAUUUUCAUGACGUUUUCAUUCCUUCAGCUUUCUCGUUCAUCUAUUUAUCAUUCCAUUGUGUGUCUUUCUUUGCUGAGGUGGUGUAACGUAUCUUGUUGAUGUAUUCUCUCUUGUAAAGUAACCCAUCUUGUGAUUUAUAUCUUCUUUGUGAUUCAGACAUCAGACUUGCCAGGGUGAAUGAGAAAAUCGAUAUUUAUCAUGUGAUGUCCUUGACUUAAAUAAGCAAAUAGGAUGGAUGAAAUUGGCCUCAAAGUAUUGAAUCCUUAAACUUUUAACCACUGGAUUUUCUUUCAUACUCCUAAGAGAGGCAGUCCAUAUUUUCCCACCAAGAUUUGAAGACAAAUCAUGUGUUGCCAACUUAGUAUCGUUCUUUGCCAUCAUCCUCUAAAUCGGAGAGGUCCGUGCUUUAUUUACGAGAGGAACCUCUCCAGAUUAUAUCUAACUAUCAAUCGGGAGUCGAUCCUCUUUUAAGGUGGAUGACUCACGGAGGAUAAUGAUGAUGAAAUAACAAAAGCUAUCUAUUAAUACUCAACAUCAUGUUUAUUGGCAUGUGAGAGGGAUAGUGAAUACUAUCUUUCAGGUAUUGGCUUACAAACUAAAUUUGGUAAAGGAUGGUCCCAUUCGGUCCCUCGAGAUCGGCUUGACAUCACUGGUACAAUGUACUUGCGUCUGUUUGACGUUUUGUUGUCCGUUCCUUUCUGUAUUCUGCUUGUGCAAUGUGGUGGAUCGUCACCUUCCUGCAUUAAGGCUCUAACUGCCAUCGGGUUUAAGAACCUUAUUGCAGGGCUGCUGAUGUUCCCAUAACUGUUCCAUCGUUUGGGCCGAAUAUGAUUACUUCUUUUAUCUAAAAGGUUAUUGUACUCUGAACGACACAAAUAGAUUAUCCUUCGGUCCUGUCACGUACAGAACUCACUGGGCACUAAUAAGGAUCUCAUUAAUUACAAUGGCUCUUAUACGAUUUUGGGUAAUGCUGAUUUAACAUCAUAUAUUAGAAAGUGGGAGGACAGAGGAGGAAAUUAGGAACUUGAGGAAAGACUUCAUUUUGAUUAUUUCAAUCCUUUAAGGAACUAGGUAAAGGCAUUCAUAAAAAGUGAGACUAUUAUGGCUUACCGUUUUUCUUCUAAUGAAGAAGCAGAAGUUAGGGAUCAAGACCGAUUAUCUCAUUAUAAUUUGGCAGGGGCAAAUAUAUUAUGAUUUACGUCGGUCACGCACAAGAAAGAAGAGUUCGUGCAACUUUUUCCUCCUUUUUCUUUCCCAUUCCUAAUUAAUCUAUUCGACUGUCCCAUAGCCAUGUACUAUGUUGUUAAUAAUUAAUUAAUUGCCUUGUUUCUUUUGGUAAUGAAAACCAGAGAUGUCAGAAAAGAUAUUGUUUCAAAUAUUUUACUGGUGACAAUCAUUUAAACAUGAACACAUUAUUGUUUUGCAUUAGAGUCUUUAUUGAGAACAUAAUUAUAAAUAUCUUCAUACUGAAGAUAGGUUGUAAUUGUUGAUGAGCAAUUUCGUAGUUUUAUGUUUUGCAAGGUGAUAAUAAUCAUCAAGAAUAUACUAUGAGUAUUUCACUUCAAUAAGUACUAUCACAGAAUGUGUGUAAAAAUAUAUAUUUCAAAAAGAAUUAUGAGAAAAAGUUAUUUGCAAAGACAAAAUCUUUAAAAGAAAUUAAGAUUAAAUUCGUAUUUAUGUCAGAGCUCAUAUUUUUAUCAACAUUUCUUUCAUUCGUUGAAUUUUGUGUCAAAGAAAAUGUCGGCACUAAAUUGUGAAAACUCUGAAUCAUAUUGAAGUAUUUAGUUGUGUAUGAUCCCAUCGUAAUCAAUGAUUAUUGUAAAAUUCAAGGUAUUAUUCAAAUAUUUUUCUUCGCCAUUCAUAAAGGGUUAGAGGGGGAAGGGGAUAGGUAUAAUGACAAUUAUUUAAAACAAAAUCGGUGCGAGUCUAAUUGUUUAUGUUCGUCUCAAAAUAUUUAUGAAGUAUUAUAUGUACUGUCAAACUAAUUCUUUGUGACUCUUUACUUCUAUUCCCCCAUAUGUAUAAAUAUCAUUAUUUAUUGUUUCUUUUCAAACAUCUCUUUUUCUCUCAAAUGUAUUUCUAAGACUACGCUUUAUUUCACUGUGCGAACCUGCAAAAUGUUGGGAAAAAUUAAUGUUUGCAUGAAAUUUCAUUGCUGUUUAGAAAAGGGGGAGGAGGGGGUGAACAACCUGUUCGAUAACUUUCCAGUGUUUAACUCUUGAAAGUAUUUGAUUUGAUGCUUCAUUUUUGUGUUCUAUGUGAAUAGUUUUUUGAAGAUGUGAAUAAAAAGCAUGUAGGCAAUGAAUGUGAAUGAAA